AUGGCAUAUUGUACAGAGAUUACUGAUCACUCCAUGAUAUCAUUGGGAAAAUGUACCAAGUUAAAAACACUUGAAAGUCGAGGAUGUCCUCUUAUCACAUCCUUAGGUUUAGCAGCUAUUGCUGUGGGAUGUAAGCAACUUACCAAGCUUGACAUCAAGAAGUGCUACAACAUCAAUGAUUCUGGAAUGAUUCCACUGGCUCACUUUUCUCAAAACCUCAGACAGAUAAAUUUUUCAUUUACCUCUGUCACAAAUGUGGGGCUCUUGUCCCUGGCUAGCAUCAGCUGUCUACAGAGCAUGACAAUCCUCCACCUGAAAGGGUUGACUCCAAGCGGAUUAGCAGCUACACUGUUGGCAUGUGGAGGACUAACGAAAGUGAAGCUCCAGGCAUCCUUCAAAACAUUGUUGCCUCAACGCCUUUUUGAACAUCUAGAAGCUCGUGGUUGUGUUUUUCAAUGGAGGGAUAAAGUGUUUCAGGCCGAAUUAGACCCAAUGUGCUGGAAGCUACAAUUGGAAGAUGUGGAAUAGAGAAUAGUGAUGGCUUUUGUUGGGCUGAGUUGAGAAGGUUAGUCUCUCUUCUGAAGAUCUGCAGUCAAGAAUUCUGAAGCUUCCAUUUGGUUGAAUGACAUCUCUUGCCUCCCAAAGGGAGAGUUUGCAACAUCCAAAUCCUGGUUGGGACGUGGGUGCACGUUGUGCCUUCAUUUGCUUUGGGUAUUGAUAUAGUGUUCGUUUGAUGUAGUAUUGUUAUACACCCGCAGCACUCGCAACUAGAGUGCUAUUAUAUCACCAAGUUCUAUUAUUUGCAUAUAUCUUUCUACAACAGACAUAGAUACAUUGAAAUGCUGUAUUCAGAUCAACAUUAAAAAUGGCUCUGAUAUUGCAUGGUGAUUGGUAUUUAUAUUAUGAUGAAACAAUCC